AGCACAUGCCUUUAAUUCCACCUCUUGGGAGGCCGAGGCAGGCGGAUUUCUGAGAGAUUGAGCCUAGUUCUACAAAGUGAAAAUUCUGGGAGUACUGUAUUAUAGAGGACCUUGAAGGUGCUACUAAUAUAAUUAUCAAUUUAUUUCACUUGUUUUCUACAAUUGGGCCCUUGCUGGGUGAAGACAGGAAAUUGGCAAACUCUAAAUAAGUACUGAGGGCGAGUGUAGACAAAUCUUUAUUUAUUUAUUUUUUUUUCGAGAGACAAAUCUUCAUUCUUCCUUUAGUUUUGAGACUGUGUUUUGUGUUGCUCAGGCAGGUUUUUUUUGAUUGUUUGUUUUUGCCUCCAAGUUUGUUUUUGUGUGUUUUUCACCCUUGAUUCCUGAGUAGCUAGGCUUCUACACAGAGGUGUGUCACUUCACCGGAUAGAGACAUUUUAUAUUAAGAAUUUUAUUAGCUCAGAAAUGUAUGUUUCUGAGCUGGAGGUGCAGUUCAGCAGUAGAGCCUUUGCCAGUUGUGAGUGAGCCUUAGCAUGGCGUAGGGAAUGGAUAAUUGUUUUGGUUCAUGGCAAUCCAAGAGAACACGAGGAAAAAGCUUAAUAAGGCCCUGACGUUAUGAAAGAGUGUAUGGAAAUCUUAUGUGGUAAUGCCCAUAUUUUAAGACUUGGGACAGUCUUAUGUAUCCCUACCAGGCCUCUAACUCUCAGAGUAAUGGAGAAUGACUUUGAAGUUCUGGUCCUCCUUCGUUCACCUGCCUAGAGCUAAGAUUACAGGUGUAGGUCGCCAUGCCUGAUUUUAUCUGGCGCUGGGGAGAGACUUCAAGGGCUCUGUCCAGUCUAGGCUCUACAAGUUGUCACAUUCCCAGUUACAUUUUACCGAGUUACAUUCCCAGCCUCUGUUUUGGCUUUUAAAGUCCUCUAGGACAUUGCCCCCAGACAGAGUCCUUCUAUGUAGCCCAGACGGACUGGGUUCCUACUUGCUAUCUUCUCUGUGACAGCAGUUCCGGGUCACACUGACCACAGGUGAAUGAAUAUGAAGAAAAUGGGAAUAGUGAUUACACUUCUUUGAGACCAGUACACACUACAACUUUAGGGAAAACAGCUAAGGUUUAUCUUUCUCCAUUUUCGCUCAGCAACACCAAGCUAGCACUAUUUAAGUUGUCCAGAUCCCCGUUUGAAAAUAAUUCUAACAAUGCAGUGUCUCGUAAGAAGACGGACCGGAAGAAAACUUGUAGAGAGGUUUUAACUUCAGAGAUGAAGGCUGUAUCUUCCAAGGCAGAAUCCCUUCUGCUGAAACCACCCUCGGGUGCCCAUACUGAAAGUACCAAGCUGGAACCCAAGAGCACGGCAGAGCCAGUGGCUCUCAGUGUGAACAUGGCGAGCAGCGACGAAGAUAGUUCCCCGGGCCUGGAUGAUUUUUCAGGAUUGUCACCUUAUGAGAGGAAGAGAUUGAAGAACAUCAGAGAAAAUGCGAAAUUUUUUGCUUCCCUUCAGUUAUCUGAGUCAGCUGCAAGGCUCCGUGGAAUGAUAAAGAAGAGACAGCAACCUGAAUCAAAGAGGAAGAAGCCUAAGAAGGAAGAAAAUGAGACUGGAUGUCGAAGGUCCAUGCGACUGCUGAAAGUAGACCCUUUGGGAGUUCCAUUGCCAGUAGCUCCAACACAGUCAGCGUUAGAAGAAGAAAAAGAAAAUCCUUUGUUACCUCCUGGGCCCUUAGAAAUGAUUCCUGAAAACCAGGAUGACAGCAAUGGACUGUUGUUGAAAGCGUCUUUGAGGACAUGGGCAGAGAUGAGCAAGACAAGUAAUGAGAGGACCGAGGAGGGGCUAUCUAGCAUUAAAAGCUACAAAGCCAAUUUAAGUGGUAUGGUCAUCAGUGAAGCUACUGUUCGUAAAGUGACCAAAGGUGCCAUCACCUCUGUGGCCCUCCAUCCAUCAGAAGUAAGAACCUUGGUGGCAGCUGGGGCCAAGUCUGGGCAAAUCGGACUCUGGGAUUUGACGCGGCAGCAUGAAGAUGAGAUGUAUGUUUUUUAUCCCCACAGUCAGCCCGUUAGCUGUCUUUACUUCUCACCCACCAAUCCAGCCCACCUGCUCUCCCUGAGCUAUGAUGGUACAUUGCGAUGUGGGGACUUUUCCACUGCUAUUUUUGAAGAGGUGUACAGAAACGAGGGAAGCAGCCCCUCUUCCUUCGACUUCUUGGCAGAAGACGCUUCCACUCUGCUAGUGGGGCACUGGGAUGGACGUUUGUCACUGGUAGAUAGACGGACACCUGGAACUUCCUAUGAGAAACUCUUUAAUUCAUCUUUGGGAAAAAUUAGAACCGUUCAUGUCCACCCAGUAUCCAGGCAGUAUUUUAUCGCAGCAGGAUUGAGGGACGUUCAUAUUUAUGAUGCAAGGUGCCUGAAGUCCAGGAGAAGCCAGCCUUUGCUCUCUUUGGCUGAGCACACGAAGAGCAUCGCCUCUGCCUACUUUUCACCCGUCACUGGCAACAGAGUGGUGACCACCUGUGCCGACUGUAAGCUAAGAGUCUUUGACAGCAGCUCUAUGUCAUCCCAGAUUCCUCUCCUCACCACCAUCAGGCACAACACUAUCACCGGGAGAUGGCUAACAAGGUUCCAAGCUGUGUGGGACCCUAAACGAGAAGACUGCUUCAUAGUUGGCAGUAUGGCCCACCCACGGCAGGUGGAAGUCUUCCACGAGACGGGAAAGAGUGUGUAUUCCUUUUUGGGAGAAUGUCUCGUAUCUGUGUGCUCCCUCAAUGUUAUGCAUCCUACCCGAUAUGUUCUGGCUGGAGGUAAUUCCAGUGGGAAGUUACAUGUUUUUAUGCAUCAAGAAAGCUUCUGAGCUAUUGGGUAGGUUCAACAAUUUGAUCAGCUUGCUGCGUGGCGAAGGAAUCAAGUGAUUCUCUCAGCUUAGUGCUUCUGUUUGGUAAUGUGUUGUAUUUAGCCACUGUAACAUUGCUUCUCAGUGAGACUCUGCAGAAUGCAGUGUCAGCAGGAGAGGAACCUGAAGGUCAUCUCUAGAGGAGGCAGGACCCUGGCGCAGAAGCUGGGAUGCUUUCAGCACUUUGAGACAGGAUCUUGUAUAGCCCAGGCUGGCCUCAGACUCUGGAGCCUCUUGCCUCUGCCUCCUGAGUGCUAAGAUUCCAGGCAUGCACCACUGCACUCAACAUCUUUAGCACUUUUAAUUAGGCUGUAUUCUGAGAAAUUCUGUCAAAUUAUACAGCUUUGAGUGGUCAGUAUUAAUUUUUUUUCUAAUAUGAUGAGACCAUUUUGAUGCAAUAGCAAUCUGUAGAUCUGAUUUAUUUUAUAGUUUGGGGUGGAUACUUAAUCUCUCACACUGGAAUAGGUCCUAAAGAUCUUUCGAUCAUCUAAAUCUAAUUAUGAAACAUUACUGGACCCCAGGGGCUGUCACAUGCUAGGCAAGUGUCCACUACUGACUCAUACCCCACCCUUGAAACUUAGUUGUUCUGCUUUGUUGUUGUUUUUGAGACUGGGUUUUGCUCUGUAGCCCAGGUUAGCCUGCCUUGAUCUUAGAUCCCCCUGCCAAGUGCUAGGACUAUCAGUGUGUACUACCAUGCCCAGUCAUAACUUAGCUUUGUAAGCUAAGAACCUGUUUGGGUUCCUUGUGUCUCAGUUCAGUGUUAAAUGAGAUCCCACAAUAAUCACUGGGAACCAUGGUUUCUGUGACUGGGGCCUGCGUCUGCCAGCUUUGUUUGCCUUCUUCCCCUGGGCAGCGCCUCCAGAAUUGAGCUGGGACUGCGCAGUGUUUGAACUAGUGUAUAACUGUACAGCUAACUGGCGACUUUUCACAUGAAAUUCAUAACCCCAGCACUUGAGAUGAGGCAGGAGAAUUGGGAGUUCAAGGCCAACCUGGCUCACCUUCCUUUGCCCCCAAAUUAAUAAAGUACACAAUGCAAAAUUAGGAUAUUUUUAUUUUUAAUUAGAAUAUUUUAAAAUAGAACUUAGUUUCAUGUUGUAUAUGUUUAUGUAUAUUAUGCUAAAUCAGUGGUCUGGUGUCACAGUGUGACAUGUAUUCAGCCUUUUCUAUUGUUACUUGCCAAAGUUACUACUGAAAGAAUUAUAAACAGCUUAGACAAUAUGUUUGGAUUGUAAGAGGAAAUACUCUUUUAUGCUACAGAAAUAAAGUAUGAACUUUCCUUUAAGAGUAACUUCUUUGAACAAUCUUCUUUAAAAUCUAGAUGCUAGAGAUGGCUCAACAGUUAAGAACACUGGUUACUCUCCCAGAUGACCCAGGUUUGGUCCCCAGCAUCCACACGUUGGUAACAACCAUGUGUAACUCAAGUUCUAGGGGACCCAGUACCUUCAUCUGGCUUCUGUGGGUACCGUAUACACAUAGUAUAUAGACAUACACACAAGCCAAACACUUACCUAAGAUAAUAAUAAAGGUUAAAAAAAAAUCUUAAGAGAGUCAAAUGUGGUGGUGCAUGGCUUUAAUUCCAUCACUCGAGAGGCAAAGACAGGUAGAUCUCUGAGUUCAAGGGCCAUUUGGUCUACCUAGUGAGUUCCAGUCCAGCCAGUGAGACCCCAUCUAAAAAAGCAAAACUAAACUAAAACUAAGGUUGGAGACUUCGUUUAUCAUCAUGGAUAUUCAUAAGGAAAUGGCAGUUUUGUCUCAUAGCUAAUAAAGAUCUUUUUAUUUUAUAUUUAUUA